AUGCCCAAGAACAAGGGAAAGGGCGGUAAGAACCGUCGUCGUGGAAAGAACGAGAACGACAACGAGAAGCGUGAGCUCGUUUUCAAGGAGGAGGGCCAGGAGUACGCGCAGGUCGUGAAGAUGCUCGGUAACGGCCGCCUGGAGGCGCUGUGCUUCGACGGCGAGAAGCGUCUGGCACACAUCCGUGGCAAGCUCCGCAAGAAGGUCUGGAUCAACCAGGGCGACAUCAUCCUCCUCUCGCUGCGUGACUACCAGGACGAGAAGGGCGACGUCAUCAUGAAGUACACCGCCGACGAGGCCAGAAGUCUCAAGGCCUACGGCGAGUUGCCCGAACACGCCAAGAUCAACGAGACCGACACCUACGGCCACGAGGGCUUCGAGGACAACGUCGAGUUCGACGAGGACCGCGAGAGCGAGGAGGAGAAGGAGAUCGAUGUCGACGAGCUCUAA